UUUUUUCUAACCUAUAUAAUAGGUUACUAGCAUUUUACUCCACGUAUUUAUAGGAACAGUCUCAUCAAAAAAUUUACAGUCGUAAUUGAACUUUUUGACAGUUUGUACCCACUAUGCAGGUGUUAUCUUUUGGGUAUGAUAAAUAAUAAAUGUCAUAAUCAUAAUAAAAGCAAAGAUGACUCAUGCAAUGACAGAUUUGUAGUGCAAGUGAUGUAGUGUAAUAGUAUUUAAAAAAAAUGAGCCGUGACAAUGCCGGCGAGUCAAAUUCAACCCCAUCAUUUCCGCGAAAGGAAAUAAUAUCUGAUCCUGAAGCACGUCUGAAAUCUAUUUCAGAUUUUGCUUCAAAAGUUGAAGUUGAUCCAAAUUUUCCACCUCACAGAUAUUAUCGAUCUGGAGUGGAAAUGCUUAGAAUGGCAACGGUUUACCAAAAAGAAGGAAACUUGGAAUACGCUUUUACAAUUUAUAUGAAAUAUUUAACUAUAUUUAUUGAAAAAAUUAGACAUCAUCCAAAGUACAAUACAAUACCUGCAAAAGAUAAACUUUCUAUGCAAGAAAAUUUACGACAAGUUUUACCUAUAGUUGAAGAGCUAAAGAAAAAAUUAUUAGAACAAUUUAAACUUGAUGCAAUAAAGUAUGCUGAACAUCAGGAGCAAUUAAAAAAUAAACCAGCUACUGAUGAUGAGGAUAAAAAAUUGAAUGUUCAAUUACCAAAUGAUACUGAUAAACCAAUGUCAUUAGAGCCUCGAAAACAAGGUCUACGUAAAAUUAUUGUGCCCACUAAAAUAAUCAGAGAAUUUUUGAUACUAUCUUACGUUAAUACGAUGAAUAACAAAGAAACAUGUGGAAUAUUAGCUGGUAAAUUAGAGAAAGAUCAAUUAUCAAUUACUCAUUUACUAAUACCAAAACAAAGUGGAUCAUCGGAUUCGUGUGUGACACAUAAUGAAGAAGAAAUCUUUGAUUAUCAAGAUCAACAUAAUCUCAUAACAUUAGGAUGGAUUCAUACUCAUCCAACUCAAACAGCCUUUUUGUCUAGUGUCGAUCUUCAUACUCAUUGUUCUUACCAACUGAUGAUGGCAGAAGCAAUAGCAAUUGUGGUUGCUCCAAAAUACGAUGAAACUGGAUAUUUCAUACUUACUCCGGAGCACGGAUUAAAUUUUAUUGCACAGUGUAGAGCUACUGGAUUUCACCCUCAUCCAAAUGAAAAAUCUCUUUACACGCAUGCACAACAUUGCAAAUUUGAUGCUACCGCAGGAAUUCAGGUUAUUGACCUCCGAGCAAAAUAAUUGGUUUUUUUCGUUAGUUAAAAAUAUUACGAAAAGGUAUUGCUUGCUUAUUUUAAAAACAAUUUGACAGCUAAAAUCAAAUGAUUGAUUUACUCAUGGAAGUAAAAAAUCGAAAAAAAUAUAAUUAAUUAUUAGUUUUGUAGAUGCAACAUUUUUUUAUAAUAUUUAUAUAUUAAAAUAAUGUCAAGGUUAAAGUCAAUUAGAUUUAUUUCAACUAUCUGACGAUAGUUACUCUUAAUGGAAGUUAAAUGAAUUCAACAUUAAUGGUAAUAGAAUAUAUAUUAAAGAAUAAGUUUAUUUUAGUAAAUCUCAAUGAGAGCCUUUACGCUGUUAAAAUAAACUUAAAAAAUGAAUUCCAAUGUUAAACUAAGCAUAGAGAACUGGUUUAACUAGAAGAGACGUUAAAUAACAUAUUAAUUCUAUAUUAAAAGACCUUUCAAUAAUUUUGGAAAAUUUUACUUAAUAUGUAUAAGUAUUUAUACCUAUUAACUCACAAAGGUAUUUAUAUAAAUUUAUUUCAAGAUCAUAGAGAUUUGGUGCAAAGGUAAUUUUUCUGAAUAAUCACUCAAACAUUCCGUAUAAAUAAGAAAUGAGUUGACUAUCUCAUGUCUUAGCAUCAGUAUCACACUAUAAAUAUAAAAUUUCAAUUGACUUCUAAAAAAGAAAAUGAGAGAGACGCUUUUUAUAGAAUAAAACUUUAAAUAAUAUUAUUUAUAGCAAUUUUAAUAAUAGAAAUACUAAAUCAUGAGCUUUAGUA